AUGGGAUACUCCCCCAAACCAGACACGCUACUAGUCUCCCACCAAGCGGCGCGCCGUGUUGAGGAGCUCCGCGUCGCCGCCGUCGACGUCUCCUCCGACGGCGCCUUCCUUUACCUUGAGAAAGAGAACCACAGGCACACGGGGAUCUAUGGGCUCGCCUCCCUCCCGUCGUCGGAGACCCUCCGCGUGCUGGACCUCACCAGUCACCAGGUGUACCCUGACGGCUGCCUUCCCACUCCCACGGCUGGUGACGUUGCGGCUAAGGCCCUGCUGGACGCCGCGCCGGAGCUCACCACCGUGCCACUGGAGUCUCUCUUCUUCUUGUUGCCUCCGGACUUCCAGCAGACCACGGCAGAAGCAGCAGCACAAGCAGAACCACUUGUGCCCGUGCUCCGCCUGAGCUUCCAGGCCGUGACCACGCUCGUGCUGUCGUUGUGCGGCAAAGAAUCAGGGGAUCGCCGCCGCGGCAAUAGCAGCUGGGCAAUCGAGAUCGAUGCACCGAGGCUACAAUCCUUCAAAUACAAGGCUCUCAUGCGACGAUUCAGGCUACGACCGGCGGCGGCACCUGGCGUUGUACGGGUGGUCCUGCACUUCCUCCGGGACUAUAACAAAGACGAUGACAAAGAAACAAGACGCGUGCUCUUCUGGCAGUUCCUGCACAACUUCACCAAUGCCAGGACCCUCAAGCUCAAGGUGGGAAACGACCUCAAGGACAUCGCCGCCAUUGGCGAGGCCAGGCACGCCAGGCUCCUGCAGUGUGCGUUCCCUAGCCUGGAGCGCCUCGAGCUGGAAGGGAUGCAUCGUCCCAAGAUCAAGACGGCGGCCGUGGCCAUUGCCAACUUGCUCCAUUGCUGCCCUGCUCUUGGUGAAAUCAUGCUGAAGCUGAGCAAUACUGUGACGGCUCUCCCUGACAAGGACCCACGAUAUGGACGUGAGUUCUUAGAAAGGAAAGAUAGAUUGGACUGCAACAAGUCCAUCGAUCGCUUCGUGCGCCGGAAAGGAUCAAAGACAGCCUUGGACUGCGUUCUUGAAGAUGUUCCUGAUAUCCCUGGACUCAGUGGCCGCUCGUUCGCCUGCUUGCAACGCACUCUGGGAAGAGUCAGCAUGCAGUUUCGACUGGACAACAACUCCAUCUCCAGCUGCCUUGGACUGCGGCUUAUCAAAUUCUUCACUGACCAUGCAAGCGUUCUUGAAGAAAUCUGUGUUGAUACUGGCAACCGGAGACUGAACGAGCACCUCAACUUCAAUAUGGCAACACAGAUGGCACUCGCACCUAUACCAAUCUCAGCCACAGCUUCUUGUAUCCAGAACAAGAAUCUGGCAGAUAGUUCCUCGGAAUUUUCCAGAAAUCACAGUGCAUCCCUUGAUCCCACAAAAGACCUUGCCCGGAGUACAGUCAGCUUUAGGGUGUUACCCCUUCAAAGGCAAACAAGGAUGGACUGCAAGUCGCAAACUAAGAUAAGAGAUGUGUCAUACAGUGAUCCAAGAUAUCAUGAGUAA